AACAAAAACAUUCCUAAACCUCUCAUUUCUUAUCAACAAACAAGUUUCAAAGAAACAGACACCUUCAACUAAAUUAAUCAGCCCAUGGUUUCUUUACAAAUAUUUUCAGCAGCCAGUUUAUGUUCUUCUUCUUUGAAGACAGUUAAUGCUGCUAUCCAUCUCCCUAAACUCCCACGUGUAUUCUCAAUCCCACAACUACCAAAAACAAAGCCCCUUCUUGAUGACUUUAUUAAUGUAUCCAUAGAUCAUAUUAAUACAAAUCAAUUUGGAAACAAUAAUGUUGUCAUCACCACAAAAUCACAUGACAGACACAAGAACAAGAAUACAGAUGAUAUUAUUAUUAAACUCUAUGCAGUCUUGGAAGCUGUUUCCGACAGAGUUGAAAUGCAUCACAACAUUGCCCAACAACGUAACAAUUGGAACACUCUUUUAUUAAACUCUAUCAACAUGAUUACUCUUACUGCUACAACUUUGGCUGGUGUUGCUUCUGCCGCUGCAACCACUUGCUCUGAUUCUUCACUUUUAGCUUUGAAAUUAUCUUCUGCUCUUUUAUUCUCUGCCGCUACUGGGUUAUUGCUUAUCAUGAACAAAAUUAAUCCUUCUCAACUCACAGAGGAACAAAGAAAUGCUACAAGAUUGUUUAAACAACUUCAAACACAAAUCCAAACCACUAUUGCAAUAGGAAAUCCUAGUGAGGAAGAUGUCAAAGAUGCAAUAGAGAGGGUUUUGGCACUGGACAAAGCUUACCCACUUCCAUUAUUAGGAGCAAUGCUUCAAAAAUAUCCUGCAAAAUUUGAGCCUGCUGUUUGGUGGUCUUCCAAUAAAGGAAAAUCACAAAGCAAGAAAAUUGGGAAAAUGAAUAAUGGAUGGAGUGAAGAAUUAGAAAUGGAAAUGAGGGAGGUUGUUGAAGUGAUAAAGAAAAAAGAUGCUGAAGAUUAUAACAGACUUGGAAACAUAGCAUUGAAGAUAAACAAGAGUUUAGCAGUUGCAGGGCCAUUACUCACAGGAAUUGCUGCAAUUGGAUCUACUUUUAUAGGUAAUAGUAGUCCUGUGGCUGCUUUUGUUCCUCUCUUGGCCGGUUCAUUGGCUUCUGCAAUUAAUACUUUUGAGCAUGGUGGCCAAGUUGGAAUGGUUUUUGAAAUGUAUAGAGGCUCUGCUGGUUUCUUUAACUUGUUAGAAACCUCAGUUGAAUCAACUUUAAGUGAGAAAGAUUUAGAGAAAAGAGAAAAUGGAGAGUUGUUUGAAAUGAAGAUGGCUUUGCAGUUGGGAAGAAGUGUAUCAAAUCUGAGGGAACUUGCCUCAAAAUCAGCUUCCAGUCGCAUAAAUGAAUUUGCCAGCAAGCUCUUCUAAGUUAAUAUUCAGACACAACACAUUCUUUUGCUACUUAAUGUAUAGAUUUCACAUUCUUUUAUUCUUUCAUGCAUAUACAUUGUUAGGCCUCUGACAUAGAAAGCAAAUGUAAAUAUUGACCACAGAUUAUUUGAUCUGCAAAUAUUGAUAUACAACCUCUAACUUCAGCACAUUGUUGAGUUUUCACGAUAUCUAUCUACUUUUCCUUAGUUCUUUGAUUUACAAAUAAUAAAUUCUCCCCUAUUUAUGAGCUCCAAGGGAGAGUUCCUUGAUUAUUCUAGAAACUUCAACAAAGUGAACGAAAGACAUAUCUACAUGUGGUCGUUGGCUUAAAAACCGAUUUGAGAUUUCGCGUGGAUAAGAGAGUUGACCUCUGCUCAUUGUAGAUCAAUUUGAUGGAGUUUUAUAAACAAGUUAUGUGUGCUUUCGUCUUUUAUUUUCUUUUUCUGAAUGUGGUUUUUUUUCACUGUUUGACAGAUUAAUUUUGUCUGAAGCUCAUUUUCUUUUUUUAUUG